GCUGAAGCCUUCCGUUUGCGAGAGCAGUCAAGGCAGCUCCGUGAACAGCUGGCCGAGACGGAGUCCAGUCUGAGAGCUUCGCGAAAAGGUUUGGAGGAUGCACAGUCCGCCCAAGAAAAGCUGCAAGAGAAGUUGCGAAAGGCAGAGCGCCAGCUGAAAGAGAAGGCUGCUGUGCCGACCCUCCCUGUCGGCAGCCCGGUCGCCGAUCCACUUCCGAGAAGUCUCCCAGCAGAGGCUGUCCAGUGGUCUGCACCCUUGCCGGAGCCGCUUCCCGUCGAACCCGGCUACGAUGGCUAUGUGGACGAGCGGCCAAGCUAUGCUGAGCAGCCGCCUGAUUCGUCUGGCUACUGGAACGAUCCGACCUCCAGGCAGCAAUACUACGCUGAUCAGCCGCCUGGUUCCACUGGCUACUUGCACGAGUCGUCCUCCAGGCGGCCAAGCUAUGCUGAGCAGCCGCCUGAUUCGUCUGGCUACUGGAACGAUCCGACCUCCAGGCAGCAAUACUACGCUGAUCAGCCGCCUGGUUCCACUGGCUACUUGCACGAGUCGUCCUCCAGGCGGCCAAGCUAUGCUGAGCAGCCGCCUGGUUCGCCUGGCUACUGGAACAAUCCGACCUCCAGGCAAGAUGCUUCUGCCGACCAGGCGCCCGGGCAAGACGGCUCCUGGCUUGACUCGGCCAGGUACCCUCCCGAAGCUCCACCGGAGCAAGUCCAGUGGCCCCAGCCGGGCUUCGGAGACACGCGGGAGCUGCAGCUGCCAUUCCCGGCCGAGGGGGCGAAAGAAAAGAAGCGGAAGAAAGACAAGGGCAAGAAAGAGAAGAAGUCAGCUCGCCAGCCAGAGACUGCUGAUCCCUGGGCGAGCCCAAACAGUGUUCCAGUGGCCCAAGAGCAGCCCGAGGAGGGACAGAAGAUUGAAGCACUCAAGGCCAUGGGCUUUGAAGAAGCUCGAAUUCGACAAGUCCUGGAGGCCGUUGGUGGCAGUGUAGAGAAGGCGGUGCCGGUUCUUUUGGCGGAUGAGUCCAGCCGAAGGGAGUGCUCUGUGCUCUCUCGAUACCUUUCUUUCACACGUGAUUGGCUAUUCUACCUCUUUCAGGGGGUGAACAAAACAGCUGCCUCCAGCUACGCAGGAGAUCUCCUCUGGAUGAACGGAUAUCGGUUGCGACGGCUUCUCACUUGGAUCGCUGGGGACUUAUAG